CAAAACCACUCGCGGCCGUGCUCGGGCGCCGGUUACGCCUGGUCUGAGCGCACCGGUGCAAGUUAGAGGUGGUCAGGGAUCGCCGCGCAGCGCUCUGGUGCUGCGGCGAGCGGCGCCGCGUAAUCUGGCCGCUGCAGAGCGUUGAACCCAGCAAGGCCACCAGUUUCUACGCGCGGCGCGGCGCACAGAGCCAUGUACCUGCCAACUCUACGAGCGCAAUCGCUGCGCCUCGCGCGCCGCAGCGCCUCGACGGGCCUGAAAUACGAGGCCCUGGCCGUCGGCGUCCCGAAGGAGACGUUUCCACUCGAAAAGCGCUGCGCCGCAUCUCCCACCAGUGUAGCGCUCCUGAAGAAGAAUGGUAUUGGAGAAGUGCUCAUCGAGGACGGCGCCGGCAUGGGCGCGUCCUACUCGAACGCGGCCUACGAGGCGGCGGGCGCAAAAAUCGUAAGCGCCCAAGAUGCCUACAACGCCGACGUCGUUUUGAAACUGAGACCGCCCUCGCUCGAAGAAGCUGGAAGUCUGAAACCGAAGAACACGCUGAUCAGCUUCAUCCAGCCCGGCCAGAACGAGGACCUCGUCAAAACGUUAGCCAAAGAUAACCAUACGGUGCUCGCGAUGGACUGCAUCCCCCGCACACUGUCGAGAGGCCAGACGUAUGACGCUCUCAGCUCCCAGGCGAACAUUGCUGGGUAUAGAGCCGUGAUCGAAGCUUCAAAUGAAUUCGGGCGGUUCUUCGCCGGCCAGAUGACGGCCGCGGGCAAGGUCCCGCCCGCCAAAGUCCUGGUGCUUGGAGGUGGUGUUGCGGGACUAGCCGCGAUACAAACGGCGAAGAACAUGGGCGCUAUUGUAAGAGGCUUUGACGUGAGAGCCGCGGCCGCCGAACAGAUUGAAGCGAUGGGCGCGCAAUUUCUCAAAGUCGACUUCGAGGAGGACGGCAGCGGUGCGGGCGGCUACGCCAAGGAGAUGUCCGCGGAGUGGCAUGCCGCUGCUAGGGAAAUGCUCCUCAAGCAGUGUUCCGAGGUGGACGUCAUCGUCACGACGGCCCUGAUUCCCGGCCGGAAGGCCCCCGUCAUGAUCGACGCGGAGAUGGUCAAGGCCAUGGGUUCUGGUUCGGUCACUGUGGACUUAGCUGCGGAGGCGGGAGGCAACGUGGCCACGACGGUCGCGGAUCAGAAAAUAAUCACGGAGAACGGCGUCAUCUGCUUAGGCUACACGGACCUGCCGUCUAGACUAGCUCGCACGUCCACCGACCUCUACGCGAACAACAUCACGAAGUUCUUCCUGUCUGCGGGGCCCUUCACCACUAAGGUUGCUGAUGAGUUCCUUAUUGAUCAUGAGGACGAGGCCGUGCGGCCCAUGUUGGUCCUCGACCAGGGCAAGUCGACGUGGCCCUACACGCCGCCGCCGCCGCCCGUCGUCGAGGCCGCUGCCAGCGAAGUGGUAGAAGAAGUGGUCGAAGAGGCGCCCCCUCCGGACCCGUACCAGGAGUACAUGCUGGCGGCGCGGAACGCGUCCAUCGGUUCGGCCGUCUUCAUGGGUCUUGGGAGUGGUGUCCAGCCCCCGAUCCUCGCGACGUUCUGCCUCUCGACGGUCAUCGGCUACUACACCGUGUUUGGCGUCGCGCCGGCGCUCCACAGUCCUCUGAUGGCCGUCACCAAUGCGAUUAGUGGCAUGACUGCGGUUGGCGGUCUCUCGUUAGUUGGUGGUGGUGUCGUGCCUUCUACUUCUGCUCAAGUACUGGGUGCGACGGCGACGGCUAUUUCUACCGUCAAUAUUGUCGGAGGGUUCUUAGUGACCAAGAAGAUGCUCGAUCUCUUCAAGCGAGAAGGCGACCCGGACGAGCACCCCGAGCUCUAUGCGAUUCCCGUGGUCGGCACUUUGGGUGCCUAUGGUAUUGCUGGUAUGUCCGGGUUAGGUGAUCUCGCGCCCGUCGUCUCCCUAGCUUCGGGCUUAUGCUGCAUCGGCGGCAUCGCGGGCUUAGCCGAGCAACACACCGCGAGACUAGGCAACACGUUAGGCCAGGCGGGCGUGACGUUAGGCAUGGGCGUCACGCUCGGCGCGAUGCACCCGGAUCCCGCUACUGCCUUACAAAUAGCCGGGCUGCUGGGCGUCGGCGGCGGCGCGGGCUAUGCGAUCGCGUCGAAAGUCGGACCGACGGAACUGCCCCAGACCGUGGCGGCGUUCCACUCGUUGGUCGGUGUCGCGGCCGCGGCCACCGCCGUCGGCGAGUACGUCCAUCUCACCGAACACGGCCCGGCGUCCAUCGAUGCCGUGACCAAUACCUCGUUGUAUUUAGCGACGUGGAUCGGGGGCAUCACGGCGACUGGGUCAGUCGUGGCCUUUGGGAAAUUGAACGGUAAUCUGGGGAGUGCGCCUUUACAACUCGCGGGACGGGACCAGAUGAACAUGGCCAUGGGUGCCGCUUCCUUAGGAGCGUUCGGUUUAUUCCUGACGAACCCAUCGCCCGAGACUGGUCUGUUAUGCCUCGGAGCCGCGACUGGUCUGUCGGGCGCUCUCGGUGUGCACAUGACGGCGUCGAUCGGUGGCGCGGACAUGCCCGUCGUUAUUACCGUACUUAACAGCUAUUCAGGAUGGGCGUUAUGUGCGGAAGGAUUCAUGUUGGAUAACCCUCUGCUCACGGUAGUAGGUGCCUUAAUCGGCUCGUCAGGCGCCAUUUUAACGCACAUCAUGUGCGAGGCCAUGAAUAGAGAUAUCGCCUCCGUGAUCCUAGGAGGCUUCGGCGAGGAGGCGAAGGGUCCCGCCAUGGAGAUCACCGGUACUCAUUCCGAGAUUGAUGUGGAAGAAUGUGCCACCAUGCUCAAGGAAGCUUCUUCGGUCAUCAUCGUGCCGGGCUAUGGGUUAGCUGUUGCGAAGGCGCAGUACGCCGUCGCGGAGAUCGCCAAGCUGCUGAACGAUAGCGGCGUGCAGACGCGCUUCGCGGUGCAUCCCGUCGCUGGGAGGAUGCCCGGGCAGUUGAACGUUCUACUCGCGGAGGCGGGCGUGCCCUACGAUAUUGUGGAAGAGAUGGAGGAGAUCAACCCGGACCUUCCGGAGACGGACGUUUGUUAUCCGUGUGGAACUCAACCCGCACAUCAUUUCUCGGCGACACAACGCGCCAUACUGGCUCAUUGGGUGGUGAGAGAGCCAGUCCGCCACGCCAUCGAGCUGGCGUCGCGUCGAUGGCGUGGUUGUCGUGAUUCGGCCGUGGGCGAGACGCGCCGUGAAAUUUUAUUUCCACACAGGUUGCCAUUGUGAUUGGGGCGAACGACACCGUGAACUCGGGCGCGCAGGAGGACCCGAACAGCGCCAUCGCGGGCAUGCCCGUCAUCGAGGUGUGGAAGGCGAAGCAGUCGGUCGUCCUGAAGCGCACGAUGGGCGUCGGGUACGCGGGCGCCGACAACCCAGUCUUCUACAAGCCCAACAACGCCAUGCUCCUGGGCGACGCCAAGGCGACGUGCGACGCCCUGCGCAACAAGCUGGCGGAGUGAGCUGUGGGCGUCCUCGGGGGUAAGUUAUACGUUCUAGUCACC